GAGAUAUUUCAAAACAUGAUACUGUAUGUGAACUCCGACAUAGCACCGAUCCAUGUACCGCAAUUCCACGAUGCGUGUCACCUCCCGAAAAAGAUGAAAGUAUUCCUCAAGUGGCUCCUAGAGAGAGAGGGAGGAGUAGAGAAAGAAGAGAGAGAUUUAUUUCAAAACAUGGGGCAGUGGCUAGACCCAGCGCCACUUCUUCCCCCUACUCGCACCAUGGUCAUGGUGAUGAACCGUCAGGUGAGACUUCAGGCUAUGAGCAAUACAGAUGCUGUACUCUUAGCCCGACUCCGACGACCUAUGAGGCAGAUGGAGAUGUGUGUCAACUGGGUCGAGGCAAGAGGACUCGAGUUCCCGCGCGAAGCCGAGGUGUAUCUUAUACCUCUCUUUCAAAAAUGGAUAAAUGUGGCAAAGAAAAAGGAGGUGAUGUUGUGGGAACCGGGAAACGAAGUGCUGCGUGCAAAGUAUCUCAAAAAUCCUCUUCUUCCAAAUAAUAUGACAAUUUUGUUCUGGAAUGUACGAGGUAUGGGGAGACCAUCUUUCAAGCCCAAUCUUCGGCUUUUAAUUAACCAACAUCACCCGAGUAUUAUCAUUCUUGUGGAAACCCGUGUUCCUAAACACACUACCGAAACUAUUAUCCAAAAUCUGGGGUUCGAUUCCUGGCACAUUGUUGAGCCGAGAGGUUUUGCGGGAGGCAUUGUUCUUCUAUGGCAUGCGAAUGACAUCAAAUUCCAGGUCAUGGGGGAGAGUGCUCAAGGGGUCCACGGUGUAGUCGAGGGAAUUGCGCAGGAAAUUUGACAAUUUGAUGGUGCGCUACUGUAGCCGGAACUACAACAAAAUUGCAGAUAUGAUGGCAAAGGAGUGCGGUAGGAAUGAAGACCCAGAAAUUUGUAAUAGAGUACCUAGGAUUUUGCAUAUCCCACCUACUUACUGUAUGGAUAUUUAUAUAGCGGAAUGUAUGAGUGUUGUAGGGAGAAAUUGCUCACUUGAGCUGUAUGAUACUUUAAACUAAUUUAAUGCACUACCCUUUUUCACCAAAAAAAAAAAA